GGGCACCAGGCGCUAUUUCAGCGCGGCGCGUUCGAAAUGCAGCUCAUUCCACGCCAAAAUCACGUGAAUCCAAGCAUCAGCUUGCAUCGAUUCAUCCAACCGUCGAGGUCUAACAUUGUCGAACAGCGAACUAGUCUACCGUAGGAAUUCGCUCAAGCCAAACAACCAGAAAAAUCUGUUCCAUCGGCACCAAGAUGGAAAACGGCACGAUGACCCAGGGAGAGGGCAAAGACCCGACAAGCUUCCUCGGUGAGAUCAUCGGGAACAUGGUCACAGUGAAGCUGAACUCGGGAGUCAUCUAUAAGGGAGAGCUUCAAUCAGUUGACGGCUACAUGAACAUUGCCCUGGAGAAGGCCGAGGAGUGGGUUGCUGGUCAGAAGAAGCGAUCAUACGGCGAUGCUUUUGUCCGUGGAAACAAUGUCAUGUACAUCGCUGCUUCACCAUGAGACAGAUCAACAGGGUCAGACUUUAUCAAAUUUCAGCGAUUUAACCUUUUUUGGUUGGAUUUGCAACGGCUACUUUCUAUGAUGAAAACAAUUGCUUUUUCAAGUGGUGGAGAGGGUAGACAGCUCCUGCCGGCAAAGGCUACCACUUCACUCGAAACCUCCAAGUUUUGAGACAACCUCUAUUAUGAUACAAACACCUGUUGUAUGUACUCAAAGCCUAGCAGAAAAUCAACCUGCGGACAGCUGUGCAGCGACUGACUAAUAAUACCCACCAAUCUUAUCUGUCCAUGCAAA